AGCCAGAGCCAAGGCAGCCAGGAACUUGUCCAUGGCCACGUGCACCUCAGGGGUGAAGUCAUCAGGGAACGUGAUGGCCAGCACCACCAGGAUGUUGUGGGAGAGAAUCUAAAGAGGAGGAGCUUACAUUUAAAAGCUGCAGGAAUCGCACCGACGACCACUUUAGCUUGAGGAAUCAGAAGCUGUCAUCAUGGUCGAAUGGACUGACUUUGAGCGCGCCACCAUCCAGGACAUCUUCUCCAGGAUAGACUAUGAUGUUGUGGGGCCUGCUGCUCUCUCCAGGUGUCUGAUCGUCUACCCCUGGACUCAGAGGUACUUCGGCAGCUUUGGAAACCUCUACAAUGCCGCUGCUAUAAGCUCCAACCCAAAGGUCGCCGCCCACGGAAAGGUGGUCCUCUCGGGUCUGGAGAAGGCCGUGAAAAACAUGGAUGACAUCAAACAGACGUACGCUGAUCUGAGCGUCCUGCACUCUGAGAAACUGCAUGUGGAUCCCGACAAUUUUAAGCUCCUGGCUGACUGCCUGACCAUCGUGGUCGCCGCUCAGAUGGGAGCAGAUUUCAACUGUGACGUCCAGGCGGCUUUCCAGAAGUUCCUGGCCGUGGUGGUGUCCUCCCUCCGGAGGCAGUACCACUGAGGAGCCCCAGCAACAGAAACCCUCUCCAAUUCAACCUUUGAUUUACACCAAUAAAGAAUACAAACUGAAGCACACUUAAACUGAUAUCUGUGUCUGAUUAUUGCCUUUUUCCACUUUAUGGGUUUAUUUUUUAAAGUUACUAUGAAAUAAAUGUCAAGUUUUAGGCUGUUUCCUUAAAAUAAAGUAUAAAAAAAA